ACAUUAGGGUGAAUGCGGGGACUGAACGAGACAGGUGGACGGAAUCGCUUUCGAUUUCAAAAGCUCAAAACCCGCAUAAAGCAGGGGCAACGUCGCGUAGAUGUGGUCCAUAAGCCAUGACUUUAUGUUCGAAAAGAAGGGGCAGUUGGAUCCGAAGCCUGAGGCACAGGGCAUGGACGUCGUUCAGGGCAUAUCCCAGGAGGUCAUUCCGAAGUCGGGGUGUCUUUUCCACGACCACGUGCAAGGGUAUUUGGAGCUCAAUACAUCUCAAGCGUUUCAGCGCUUGGGUAAGGACCUCGCUCCCCUGUCGAGGAGCUUGCCUGAGGUGAUCCACCAUCUCCCUGGCAUUGUUCGUAUCCUGACCGACCGCCUGCGCCACACGUGGGGACCGGCCCAUGAGCAUGCCCUUUUCCUCGUCGCGGUACUGGCCAAGGAGGUCGGAGCAGAGCUGUAUGCAGGGGGGCAUUUUGA